AUGGCAUCAACACAAGGAACUACGAUUGGCACCAAUGCCGACACGACGUUGGAAGAGGGAUCAUCCGUCAAGAUGAUGAUGACCACCACGGAAAGGACCAAUUCCUCAUCAUUGACCAACAACAACACCAGCAGUCAACAACAGCAACACCCAUCCUUUAUCGACUACACUCCUCCCCCCGAAGUCAAGAUUUUGCCUCCUGCAAAAUACAAGUUAUGGUUGCUCGUCUUUGUACUAGUCUACUUUGCUUCCUGGGUCGCCAGUGCCGCCGACUUGACAGGCUUUCUUCGAUUUCAAGGAUGGUUGGCUCCGGAAGCCAGUCUCUUUCUUACGCUCGCCAUUAUCGUUUUUGUUUUGGUUUAUGGUACCAUGGAUCUCGUCAUUACCGGUCUCACAGUUACUACCCAUGCGGGCAAAACAUACGGAGUAGGGGCGUGGCUCAAACAACCAAGGGCCCAAUGGAUGUACACCCACGAAAAUAUACUGUUUGAAGUUCUGGCCCGAGUCAUUCAUAUUCUGGAAGAAGGAUUCUCCAUGUUUGACGCACCGCCCUCUCCGUUGAUUAAGUUACAACAACAGCAGCAGCAGUCGGUACUACCGACACGACAGUUUGAUUGUCCGGAUGGAACCUGCGAACAAGUUCUCAAGAUUGAACAUCGCAUUCGACCCGACAAACUCGAUGACUACCAGAAAUGGGUGGUCCGCAUUCGCGGGGCCGUCGAACAUGCCAAUGGACUCGUCAGUAUCGAAAAGACGGAAAUUACUCGAACCGUGUGGGAUGAUCAAGAAGACGAUGAAGAACAGCAACAACAAGCCGACAAUAAGAUUGCCGGAGAGCAAUUGUAUCAAGUCGUCUAUCUCAAGUUUACCAACUUGGAUUAUCUCAACGAUUGGAUGCUCUCACCGCGGCGCAAGGCACUCAUGAGAGCCCUGGAACCAAUGCUAAUUGUUCCAGACAUUGUCCAGAUUCAGAGUCAACGAGAGCUGCCCGAUGCUUUUACCGAUUUGCUCACACGACAAGGACAUGCCGUGGCCAAGUCACCUCCCAAAAAGUGGAAAGUCUGGUGGCUCACGCUGCUGGCACUAUUCAUCACCAUUCGAUGGUCGGGCUCCUUCUUGCCCUAUUACUAUGACAAGUGGGGAUUGACGCAAGCUGAUGAACGACUGGAACGCAUUGUCACGUCAUUUGUGGCAACCUUUUUGAACUCGUACGUCAUGGCACCGUUGUUCUUGUUCCUCUUUGAUCACUGGCUGCAACAUUCUGAUGUCAAGUCCAAGAAUAUUCGACAACCAUGGAAGACAUUGGAUGAAGGAUUUCAAUCCAUAUGGCCCAAGGUAUUCCUUACCGUUGCAUUCUAUGGGGGAUGUGCGAUUGCAGCAGUGGUAAAACAACAUGGCUAG